GGUUAUUUAAAGUUGUCUGCCCUCCUUCUCUUUCCUUUCCCUCCGCCAUCGUCUCCUUUAUAUCCCAUCUUUACCGUCAUCAUGGGCUUCGGUGACCUUAAAUCCACCUCCGGCCUCGCUGUUCUCAAUAAUUUCUUAUCAGACCGGAGCUACAUCGAGGGCUACGUCCCAUCUCAAGCUGAUGUGGCUGUGUUUGAGGCCAUCCCCACUCCUCCUUCUGCAGACCUGUGCCAUGCCCUGCGCUGGUACAACCACAUCAAGUCGUACAACAACCAGAAGAACAGUCUUCCAGGUGUGAAAAAACCCCUGGGUCAGUACGGACCCCCAGGUGUGGCUGACACCACCACCACCAGCUCUGCCCCCGCUAAAACACCCGCUAAAGAUGAAGAAGACGAUGAUGACAUAGACCUGUUUGGUUCUGAUGAUGAGGAAGACGCUGAGGCAGCACGGCUGAAGGAGCAGCGCCUGGCUGAGUAUGCUGCCAAGAAGUCCAAAAAGCCCACCCUCAUUGCCAAGUCAUCCAUUCUCUUGGACGUGAAGCCAUGGGACGAUGAAACAGACAUGGCAAUGCUGGAGGAGAACGUCCGAAGCAUCCAGAUGGACGGACUGGUCUGGGGACAGUCUAAAUUGGUUCCAGUGGGUUACGGCAUCAAGAAGCUGCAGAUUGGCUGCGUUGUUGAAGAUGACAAGGUAGGAACAGAUAUCCUUGAGGAAAAAAUCACUGCCUUUGAGGACUUCGUCCAGUCCAUGGAUGUUGCUGCCUUCAACAAAAUCUAAACUUCAACAAUAAAGAGUUUCCUGUCUAU